AUGUUCCUCACCAGCUCUUCAACAUCUCCAACUACACACAAGCAACUAAACACCAGCAACACCAACAGAAACCUUUUUUCUUCCAUCAUGUCUUCCACAGCAACAUCCAAGACACCCAACUGGGUCAAGUCCCCCGGUACAGUCAAGAACUGGAACUGGCGGGGUGACACCCAGGUCCCCAACACAGGCAUGUCCGUCGGACCGUCAGCCAUUGUCUACCGUGACAGCAUCUACUGCUUUCACCAGGGCCAUGGUAACAACGGCCAACUCUGGUACAAUGUCUAUAACGGUUCCCGUUGGCUUGGAGACCUCCAAGUCCCCAACACCGGCACCUCAGCUGGACCAUCUGCUCUGAUCUACAAAGGAUUGAUCUAUGUCUUUCAUCAGGGUAGUAGCAACAACGGCGAACUGUGGUACAAUGUCUAUGAUGGCUCCCGAUGGUUGGGAGACACCAAGGUGCCCAACACUGGCAUCACAUCUGGUCCAUCUGCCACGAUCUACAUGGACAAGAUCUACGUCUUCCACCAGGGAAGCCGUGGCAACGGAGAGUUGUGGUACAACGUCUUUGACGGUUCGAGGUGGUUGGGUGAUCUCCAAGUUCCCAACGUCGGCAUUUCCGCCUCUCCCACUGCGACGUAUGUCCCGCACAAGAACACAAUUCAGGUUCUUCACCAGGGCAUCAAAAACAAUGGUGAACUCUGGACCAAUACGUUUGAUGGCACCCGCUGGCUCGGUGAUGAGAAGGUUGAGCGUGUUGGCAUUUCAGCGGCUCCAUCUGGGCUAGCUUUUGAUGACAGAGUCUUUUGCUUCCAUCAGGGAACUGGCUUCAACGGCGAACUUUGGUUCAACAGUUUCAACGGCGAGUUCUGGGAGGGGGAUAAGUUGGUUCCGAAAACGGGCAUGUCGUCAGACCCCUCUGCUGUGGUUUAUCAUCACAAGAUCUACGUUUUCCACCAGGGCUACGGAGACAAUGGUGAGCUUUGGUUCAAUGUUCUUGAGUAA